CAGAGCUGGACACACUCGCACAGCAGACAGGCAAACAGGCGCUUCAGCUGAAUUCACACAAAAUAUGUAAAAAUGUACCAAUGGCUCAAACUUUGAGUGAAAACUUUCAAACAGAAAUGUUUAACAAAUCCCGCAUAGUGUGCCUUUAAAUGUUGCAUUUAAGAUCCCUCUCAUCUCAUCACUCAUCUCAGCUAGUAGAAAGGUGCAUCGUUUCUUUUCCUUGGAAAAACAUCAUUAUCAUGGGUCAUAAUCUGAACAUGUUUGUCAGGUCGUAAAUUAUUGUUUUGUUCACCUCAGUGUAAGAAUGCUGACAGCUGGUUCCAGGUUCUUCUGCGAUUUGUGAGCGGUAGUAUAACGCUGUCACUAUCACGUGAUGUCUGUGUGUCAUCAGCAUCAAGAGUCAUGCUGGUUGCAAGUUUAUGGAAAACAGAAACAGCACAGUCGAUGUGUGAUGACACUUCCUCUGAGCUUCAGAGAAUGGCGGCCAUUGACAGAAGGGACAUUAAUUCCCAGAAUUCCUUUCGCGGACGAGGUGCUCUGUCCAGGAUCGUUAAUAUGGUGAUGACUCUGAGGGAAUGGGCACAGAAGAGUUUGAACGAGGAGACGGAGCGACCGGACUCCUUCUUGGAACGUUUCAGGGGCCCCGCCAACACAGACAUGCAGGCCCCGCCCAGCAGGUUCAGCCACAGCCGCACUGGCUCUGAUGCAGAUAACGAAGCAAGGCGCUCCAGACGCUCGAGGAGGAAGUGUAACAUUGUGGUCUUAUCACCAUCUGAUGAUGUGUACUACCACUGGCUGAUGGUGAUCGGUGUUGCUGUUUUUUAUAACUGGACCCUGCUAGUUGUCAGCAUUAAAGGUGCUCUAUGUAAGUGUUACACUUUCCAAAGCUGCUGGUGUGAGCUCACAGUGUGGGCGUUCUCCAGUCAGGUAGUUGGACUGAUGCCUACACGUCUAACUCAGCUAACUAGAGCCUGCUUUGAUGAGCUCCAGAUGAGGAACGUGUUGGUGUGGCUGGUACUGGACUACAUCUGUGACGGUGUCUAUAUCCUGGACAUAGCUGUUCGUCUCCACACAGGUUUCUUGGAUCAAGGUUUGAUGGUGAAAGAUGUGCAGCGCCUGAGGGAAACAUACGUCCGAACGUUACAGUGCAAACUUGACAUUUGCUCCAUCCUGCCGACUGACCUCCUGUACCUGACCGUUGGAAGCAGCUACACCCCUCUGCUUCGCUUCAACCGGCUGCUGCGCCUGAUGCGGCUGUUUGAGUUUUUCGAACGCACGGAGACACGGACGGGCUACCCCAACGCUUUCCGCAUCUGUAAACUGGUGCUGUACAUCCUGGUGAUCAUCCACUGGAACGCCUGCGGAUACUACAGCUUCUCCAAGGUCCUGGGACUGGGCUCUGAUUCUUGGGUCUAUCCCAAUGCAUCAGAUCCUGAGUUUGGCUCCCUGACCAGAAGCUACAUAUACUGUCUGUACUGGUCCACUCUGACGCUGACCACCAUUGGAGAGACACCCCCUCCUGUUAGAGACGAGGAAUAUUUGUUCCUGAUAUUUGACUUUCUGGUGGGUGUUCUGAUUUUUGCCUCCAUUGUGGGUAAUGUCGGAGCCAUGAUCUCCAACAUGAAUGCCACGAGAGCCACCUUUCAGAGCCGCGUCGACACCCUGAAACACUACAUGCACUUCAGACAUGUAAGCAAGAUGCUCGAGCAGCGCGUCAUCCGCUGGUUCGACUACCUCUGGACCAAUCAGAAGACGAUAGAUGAACAGGAGGUGCUGAGGAGCCUGCCCAACAAACUGAGGGCUGAGAUUGCCAUUAAUGUUCACCUGGACACCCUGAAGAAGGUUCGUAUUUUCCAGGACUGUGAGGCAGGCCUCCUGGUAGAAUUGGUAUUAAAACUUCGACCGCAGGUUUUCAGUCCGGGAGACUACAUCUGUAGAAAGGGAGAUGUUGGUAAAGAGAUGUACAUAAUCAAAGAUGGCCAGCUGGCAGUGGUGGGGGAGGAUGGAGUCACACAGUUCGCUGUUCUGACCUCAGGAAGCUGCUUUGGAGAAAUCAGCAUCCUGAACAUCAGCGGCAGCAAGAUGGGAAACAGACGGACGGCCAAUAUUCGCAGUCUGGGAUACUCGGACCUGUUCUGCCUUUCCAAACAAGACCUGAUGGAGGCACUUCAAGAGUUCCCCCAUGCCAGGGCCCAGCUGGAGCAGAGGGGGCGGGACAUCCUGCAGAAGGAGGGGCUUCUGGAGGAAGUGAACGUGUCUGCAGGGGAGGAAAUUGAGGAGAAGGUGGAGAGGCUGGAAAGCAGUCUGGACCGGCUACAGACAUGUUUGGCCCGUCUGCAGAGCGAGUUCAACUCAUCCCAGCUUCGACUGAAACAGCGAAUCACCAACCUUGAACACAACAUCCCCACAGCCGCCACAGGCAGUGGCUUCCUGUCAGAUGCUGAUGGCAACGAAAGUGUUUCUGGUGGCGACAGCGUGCGCAGUGAAAUCAACAUCCGACUGUGAACCAUAUGUUGCAACUUUUCUUUAUGUUCAAUUUUCAGUAUUGUUGGAGCUAUUUAAUUAUUUAUUUGUUAUUGAUAAUGUUUGAUUAGUAUAGUUCUAUUGUGAUUCAAUUUAUGAUACUAUUUUCUAUUAUUAGUAACUUAAGGUAAAUUUUAUUGUUUUGUUUAGCGUAUUUAGUUUUUUGUUUUCUUUGUAAAUUGGGUAGAGCUGGGCCCCGGAGAUUAUAUAGGUAUGAACGCAGGUGGAGGACCAGAAUGCACCUGGGUGGGCACAUGUUUUUUUUUUUUUUUUUUUACCAGCGCAAGAGAGGCAUAGAAGAAACUUGAUUUGGUUGUUACAUUGUUUUUGCUUGCUUGUUUUGGGAAAAAUAAAUCAUCAUGUUGUGACAGUGCUGUGCUUAUGGUCUGGUUAGCGUUGGGAGAAGCUCUUGUUUUUGGGUUACUUGGUUCUGUCACUACGAACACAGCUGGGAAUUAUUCCAAUGUCUUGUAAAGAUAACUUGUUUUGGUAGCAAUAACUUGAACUAUCAAGUGGUUUCACAUAAUUGUUUAAACACCAUCUCAAACAGUGUCCUCUGCCGCUGACAUCCCCUCCAUCUUCACGUGAAUGUCAGCUCAUAUACAUUAAAUGUGAAUGUGAUGACAUGUAUCGUAGAAAUGUCACUUUGUUUCAUUUUUAAUGUAUCUGUGGUUUGGAGACACGUACAAUACCUACAUUUAGUUGAAAACCAUCAGACCAAUUUCUGCAAAACACACUGCGGGAUGAAGAGCAAGCAAUUAAUUCUCAACUUUUGAGUUCCUCACAGGAAAAUAAAAACAAAAUCCAAUGACUCAUUUUAAUGUAUUUUUGUAUUUUUUCUUUAUUUAUUGCUUUUAGCAUUUGCUUUUGUUAUCAGUUAUUAUUAGCAUUAGCAUAAUUAUCAAACAUAUACCAUUAUAUUUGUUGUAUUCGCUAUCUGAGAAGGCAAGGAAGAGCUCCCACAGUCCCCCACACACUAAAGGAAACGCACCAUCCAUCCAAACAUGUCGCAGAUCCAGUACGACCCUUCACAACAAUAGCCUUCCUCAGUGGCAAAGUCCCAAACUCCCCAGCAGGACAAUGUGCCACACACAGCAAAAACUGCUUAGGAAUGGCCUGUGGAAUGAAACAUAAAGCUCAAGGUGUCCACAUGAUUUCCAAAUCCCACAGAUCUGGAUCUGAU